AUGAGUGAAGCUGAGAAGAUGGAUGUGGACUCUGAAGGUGUGGAUCAGCCGGUUUCCGAGAGCACUCAGACUUCAAAGACAAAACCCAAGAGAUUCGAGAUCAAGAAAUGGACAGCUGUAGCAUUCUGGUCGUGGGAUAUUGCUGUUGAUAACUGCGCAAUUUGCAGGAACCAUAUCAUGGAACCUUGCAUCGAAUGCCAACCUCUGGCUAUGACUGAUACAGAUAAUGAGUGUGUAGCGGCAUGGGGUACUUGUAACCAUGCCUUCCAUCUGCAUUGUAUCAACAAGUGGAUCAAGACUAGAGAUGCAUGUCCUCUAGAUAACCAACCCUGGCAUCUGGCACGGUGUGGACGAUAG